UAAAAUUGCGCCGGAGUGGUAAGAAUUCGUCACCAUGAAGAAGGUUCCGAUUUUUUUGUUCAUCGCUCUGCUCGCCGUGGCCCUCUUUGGGCGAUUUACUUUGGCCAGCCCAUCAGCCAACGCCGACGCCGACGCCAACGCCGAGGCCAAUCCCGCCGCUAUGGCCGAAGCUUUUUCAAAUGCUCUAGCCGCAGCUAUGGCAAGUGGCAACGCUGAUGCUCUCUCUGAAGCUGUUGCAUAUGCCAACCCGAAAGCCUGGGCUAGAGCCGUAGCCGACGCAUUAACCCUUGCCAACGCCGACGCUGAUUCCAAUGCUUAUAGUUAUGCUAUUCCAGACGCCUGGGCUAACGCCAUAGCCUACGCAUUGGGCAUGGGUGAAGCCAAUGUGAACGCCAACAAAUAGACCGAUAGCAGAGCUACCCUCUUCACGGAUUCUUUUAUAUUGACACCUCAGUGGCCGCCGUCAUGUACGUUUCAUGGCAUCGUUUCAUUUGACGCCUUAUCGCCUUAUUGGGAAAUAUUACAAUUAGAAGUAUUGUUGAUGGGAACGGUCUCCGAAUGUCUCUAAAAAUGUUAAUAUUGUAAGAUUGUCAUAUAUACAACGACGAUUACAAA